AUGACAGAUAUUUUAAAACGUGCUGGCAUGACAGACUGUAAAUCUUUAGCCACUCCUAUAUCUGUUUCGAAACCCACUGUCUUUAAUGCAGACUUAUAUGAUGAUGCUAUACAGUAUAGGAGUUUGGCUGGAGCUUUACAGUAUCUUACAGUUACUCGUCCAGAUCUGUCCUUUGCGGUUAACCAACUCUGUCAACACAUGCAUGCUCAUACGGUCUCUCAUUGGGAGCAAUUGAAACUUGUAUUGAGGUAUGUAAAGGGAACUGUUACUUAUGGUCUGCGAAUAAGGAAGUUAGUGUCUAGAGAUUUACAUGCUUUUUCUGAUUCUGAUUGGGCUAGCUGUCCUAAGGAUCGUAAGUCAACUAGUGGUUAUGCUGUUUUUCUUGGUACCAAUCUUAUGUCAUGGAUGUUUGUGCUGAGGUAA